CUUGUACGUCAAUUUUCUCUAAUUUGCUUUUCCUUUUGAUAAGUCCUUCCUACCAGUCCCCACCUUUUCCCUCCCUCAUGUCCUCCUCCGGCGAGACCCUUCCGCAAACCGACCCGGACUCGUCUCCGGGUACAACCCAAGCCCGGAACCAGAACCCAUUAACCAUCCACCACGUCUCCUUCAACCAAGACAACACCUGCUUCUCCGCCGCCACCGACUGCGGCUUCCUCGUUUUCAGCACCGACCCUUACGGCCCUCAAUUCCGUCGCGACUUCAACGCCGGUCUGUCCCUCGUCUCCAUGCUCUUCCGCUUCCAACUCUUUGCCCUCGUCGGCUCCUCUCCCUCCCCUGCCGCCGUCAACACGAACGCCAACACCAAAGCCCUCCUUUGGGACGACAACGUCUCCCGCUGCGUCGGCGAGCUGUCCUUUCGUUCCCCAAUCCGCUCCCUCCGCCUCCGCCGCGAUACCAUCGUCGUUGCCCUCCUCCACAAAAUCUACGUCUACAACUUGUCGGACUUCAAACUGUUGCACCAGCUGGAAACGACGUCGAAUCCAAAGGGCUUGUGCGAGGUUUCGCAGGUGUCUGGACCCAUGGUGUUGGUUUGCCCGGGGCUGCAGAAGGGAGCAGUGAGAGUAGAAAAUUACGGGAGUAAAAGGACUACAUUUAUAAAUGCUCAUAGUUCGAACAUCACGUGCUUGGCUUUGACUUAUGAUGGCAGGGUCUUGGCCACUGCUAGUGCUAAAGGAACUUUAAUUAGAGUUUUUAAUGCUUUGGAUGGGACAUUGAUUCAAGAGGUAAGGAGAGGGGCAGACCGAGCAGAGAUAUUCAGCCUUGCUUUCUCUUCCACUGCCCAGUGGCUAGCUGUCUCAAGUGACAAAGGAACGGUCCAUGUCUUCAGCCUCAAGGUUGAUUCUGUAGUUUUAGGGAAUGAUGGGUCAAGCAGUGCAUCUGAAUCACCUCUUUCUAAUCAAUCAGCUUUAUCAUCCCUUUCUAUUUUAAAAGGUGUAUUGCCAAAGUAUUUCAGCUCAGAGUGGUCAGUGGCUCAAUUUCGGCUGCCUGAAGGCACACACUACAUUGUUAGUUUUGGACAACAAAAAAACACAGUCAUGAUUAUUGGCAUGGAUGGAAGCUUCCUUCGAUGCAAGUUUGACCCAGUGAAUGGUGGACCGAUGUCUCAACUUGAAGCUCACAAUUUCUUAAAGCCAGAAGAAACAUUUUCGAAGUCAGACUGAAGAUACUAUUAAGAGGAAAACUUCAACUGUAAAGAACAGAUAUAGGGUGUAUAUAUCAAAUGUAAAUGAAAGUAAGUUAGCUUUCAGUCUUGGUCUUGACUUUUACUGGCCAUAAGAAUCGAUAAUCGUUUGUCUCAAUACUGUCACUAACAGCUUGAAAAUUUUCCAAAUUGGUCAUA